UUUCCCUAAGAAAAGGAGGAGAAAAUGAUGAAGUUCCAGGACCUGGUGACGUUCAAGGAUGUGGCUGUGAUCUUCACGGAGGAGGAGCUGGGGCUGCUGGACUCUGCCCAGAGGCGGCUGUACCGAGAUGUGAUGCUGGAGACCUUUCGGAACCUUCUCUCACUGGGGAAUCAACCCUUCAAACCAGAGCUUAUAUUUCAGUUGGAGCGAGAAGAAAAGCUUUUAUUGAUGGAGACAAAAACCCAAAGAGAUGGGUUUCCAGGAACCAAGAACAAACAUAAUAUGGAGCCUUUUCAAGAAGUGGGAUUAAGCUACUUUUCCCCCAAAGAGCUUUCCUCUUGGCAGACCUGCCAACAAGGUGCAGGCAGGUUGACCAAGUAUUCAGAUUCCAUAAAAAAUUUUCAAGGGAUUAUUUCUCAUUUUCAAAAACAAGGUGAUUCCUCGUGCCAGGUACGGGCAGAAGUGCCAAUUCAGAUUUCCGAGGAUGAGAACUAUGUAUUGACUCAUAGAGCAAAUGGUUCCAGUGAUAUCAGACAUCUAGAAUUUCCAUCUUGGAGAGCCCAGCACUCUUGGAGGAAAAUGUGCCUGACAGAGUCACAUAAUUAUCAGUGUAGGUGUCAGCAAACUUCCCUGAAGACUAAGGCCUGUAACAGCAUCUGUUGUAUCUCACAUCACAAUGAUAACCAGGGGGUGCACAGAAAGGAACAGAACUACAACUGCCAUGACUGUGGUGAAGAUGUCACUCAAGUGUCAUUGCAUAAUCAAGAUUUAAUUCAAACAUGGCAAAAGCCCUGCCCUUGUAAUGAGCACAGAGGAGCCUUCAGGGAUGGCUCCAGCUCUGAAGUUCAACAGUUACACUUACCAGGGAAACUCCAGACAUGCAGUUUGUGUGGAAAGGACUGUAGUUCAGCUCUUCAUAUUCAUGAAGGUGUUCACAGAGAUGGCUGUGUCUCUGCGACUUCAUAUCUGCAACCCUGUGAGAGAAUGCAGACAGAAGGGAAGCCAUGUAAAUGUGAAUAUGGCAAGAACUUCAGUCAGUGCUCCUCUCUUAACACUUACAAAGUUAUUUACCCAGGAGAAACAUCCCAUAGAUGCAGCAUUUAUGAGAAAGCUUUCAGUCAUAGCUUAGACCUUAGUAGUAUUUUAAGGACUCAUACUAGAGAAGAACCCCUUGAAUAUGAAGAGAACAGGGAUGUCGCUAAUCAAAGUUCUUGCCUUCAUGUCCAUCAAAAAAUACAUACUGAAGAGAAACAACACACAGAUGUGGAAUGUAGAAAGAGUUUCAUUUGUACUUCAGAUCUUAACAUCCAGCAUAGAGUUUGCCUGGGAGAGAAUCCUUACAAUUCUGAGGAGUGUGUGAAUGGCUUCAAUCUGGCCUCACAUUUCCAGGACCUUCACUUAGUCUACACUAGGGAACAACCAUAUAAACAUUAUGGUUGUGGUAACCUCUUCAGCCAAAAUUCAUGUCUUCAAAGCCAUCAGAAAAUUCACAUCGGACAGAAGCCUUAUAAGGAGUGUGGGAAGGGCUUCAAUUGGAGGACAAAGCACAGGGAUCAUCAGAGAGUCCACACUGGGGAGAAGCCGUACAAAUGUGGUAUAUGUGGUAAAGGCUUCAGCCACAGAUCAGUUCUUAACGUUCAUCAGAGAGUCCACACAGGAGAGAAGCCUUAUAAAUGUGAGGAGUGUGAUAAGGGAUUCAGUCGGAGUUCAUACCUUCAAGCCCAUCAGAGAGUCCACACCGGAGAAAAACCAUACAAAUGUGAGGCGUGUGGGAAGGGCUUCAGUCGCAGUUCAUACCUUCAAGGCCAUCAGAGAGUCCACACUGGAGAGAAACCCUACAAGUGUGACGAGUGUGGAAAGGGUUUCAGUCGGAGUUCACACCUUCAAGGACAUCAGCGAGUCCACACUGGAGAAAAACCAUUCAAAUGUGAGGAAUGUGGGAAGGAAUUCAGCUGGAGCUUUAAUCUUCAAAUUCAUCAGAGAGUUCACACAGGAGAGAAACCCUAUAAAUGUGGAGAAUGUGGUAAGGGAUUCAGUAAGGCCUCAACUCUUCUGGCUCAUCAGAGAGUCCACACAGGAGAGAAGCCAUACCAGUGCAAUGAGUGCGGUAAAAGCUUCAGCCAGAGAUCAUACCUUCAAAGCCAUCAGAGUGUUCACACUGGAGAGAGACCGUAUGUAUGUGAGGUAUGUGGGAAGGGCUUCAGUCAGAGAGCGUAUCUUCAGGGUCACCAGAGAGUCCACACUAGAGUGAAACCAUAUAAAUGUGAGAUGUGUGGGAAGGGCUUCAGUCAGAGUUCCCGUCUUGAAGCACAUCGGAGGGUCCACACUGGAGGGAAACCGUACAAAUGUGAGGUGUGCACCAAGGGCUUCAGUGAGAGUUCACGCCUUCAAGCACAUCAGAGGGUCCAUACAGAAGGGAGACCCUAUAAAUGUGAACAGUGUGGAAAGGGGUUCAGUGGGUUUUCAAGCCUUCAAGCCCAUCAUCGGGUACACACUGGGGAAAAACCAUACAAGUGUGAGGUAUGUGGGAAGGGCUUCAGUCAGAGAUCAAACCUUCAAGCUCACCAGAGAGUCCACACAGGAGAGAAACCCUACAAAUGUGAUGCAUGUGGUAAGGGCUUCCGCUGGAGCUCAGGGCUUCUAAUUCAUCAGAGAGUCCAUAGUGGUGAUAAAUUCUAUAAAAGUGAAGUGUAUGGUAAAGAUUAUCCUUCGUCACAGAAUCCAUACAGAAAUGAAGUUAUGUAAAAUAGUGUUCUGUUUUGAAGUCCUCAAAUGGAAGCAAAAAAAACACCAUUUGAGUUUUUAUCAUAGAAAAAAAAAAUUUUUUUUUUUUUAAUGAAAAUGUAAUUUCUCCCCAAUCUCAACACUCCGAGUACUCAGGAGACCACACAGCAGAGACGUCUAGUGAGAGGGGUUCUGUAAGGGAUUUUGUCAGAAUUUAGUAUGAGUGAUUGCACACGACUUUUGUCAUUGCACUAGGAUAGAUAAAGGAUAAGAAUAUGGUCAGGAACAUAAGUACAAUGUUGAGCAUGUUCAGGCCUUGUCCACCAAUAUGUAAGCUUAAUGAGAGAAGGGCUUCAGUUCAUUCGGUGCUAAAUAUACAAAACCAUGAUAGUGCUCGACUCAGUGUACCUUUUGCUAAAUGACUAAAUGUGUGUAAAGAUAUCCUGGCUGAAAUGUUUAUUGUCAUUUCAAAAAAAAAAAAAUCAUUUAAAAAUCUUUGGAAGGAGUAGUCCUUUAAGUAACAUCCACAAUAAGCACUUCAAGUAAGUAAAUAUUAUGGGAAAUGUAGAAUACCAGGCAAUAUUGCAAUUUAAAAUUACUUGAAUUUGAUGGUAAUCCUGUUGAGUUUGGUUCCUGUUCUUUGUUCCAUGUUGAGCGGAGAUGAACUGAGUCUUAUCUUUUAUUUCUACACAAUAUAACAUUAGUUUAAGUUUAGUCGUGUGUGUGAGUGUUUGCACACGUGUGUGCACUUUGAAUGACAGUAAAAACUGAUAAAUGAUGUUUCUGGUUAAUUUUGCAAAAACAGAACACUACAUUUUACAGAAUUGAGACUUCACCAUGUGUGUUAACGCACAGUUUUACUGGAAUAUUUGGAAACUGUCAGGAGUGGUUACUAAUGAAAAAUACCUAAUAAAUGUCAAGAAUACAAUACUUGGUUUUCUAGUCUCCAUCAGCGUCCUUUUCAUAUAACUUUUCUGAGAAUUGUAACCUUUGCCCAACUCAGUUGUGCCUAGGCAAGAACUGUGAUGGAUUUGAAGGACUUUUCUCUACCCCCAUAUUUCUCACAUAAGAAAAGGAACCAUCUUGAUUUUUUUCUAACCAUUUUUAUCAAAUAUAUUGGAACUAGUAUAGAUUGCUUUUUACUUGCUAGUCUCUGUCUUCAAGGAAACAGUGCAUUCUGUUAGUGAGAAUGAAAGAUACAAACUUGUUAGAGAAGAGCCAUAUAAUACACAUCAAGAUGUAAAAUGUGUGUGCCCAUCUGGAAAUUGGAAUAAUUUAUGAUAAAGCAAUUUUAACAGUGAGAAAGAAUGUAUACAACAUGUGCAGAUAGUUUUUUAAACUGGAAAUGUCCAUCAGUUGGAGUUGAAGAGUUCUAUAUAUAUAUACAUUGUUAUAACAUGGAAUUAUAGGAAGUAUAGACUCAGUCUAAAAGAAUCAGUCUAAAAGCAUAUUUUUAGUGAAAAUGUGGAUUGUUCCUUCAUAAUCAAUUUUAAGUCUGUGUACAUGUAUGUUUCAUUAUAUGUUUAGCAGAUUAUAUGUAAGUGAUUACUCAUCAUCAUGUAUACAGUGACUUUAUCUGACAAAAUUUUGGAUUAGUUUUUUUUUUGUACUUCA